CUCCCGCCGCGCCUCGGCCGGGGCUGGAGCCCAGAGCAGCCGGGGAGAGGCGGGGGCUGCAGUCCGGGGAUCCGGGCGUCUCUCCUCCCUGCGAGCUCCAGGCGAGCCCAGCCUCCGGCCCCUGCCCGGGCGAGCCGCCGCGAGGAUCGCCGACCUGCUGCGCAGAAACGUUUGCCAUGUAAAGCUUCCCAGCCCCAACGGACCCAGAUGUUGGUACAGACUCAGAGCUGCAGAACGGCCCCAUCAGCGUCUCCAGAGGGUAACAAGAAAGAACAGGGGUGUCUGCCAUUUUCCAGCCUAGUUACCAUCUCCAUAAGGUGCAUGGGAGAAUGGUAGAGUGACCAUAAGAUCAUGCUCUACACAAUGACAUGUUGGCUUCCAGUCCUGGGCCUCCAUUGGAUUCUUCUGAGCACAGCCCCCAUGGAGGCCUGCCCGGCACGCUGCGAGUGCGCUCCUCAGAUCAAGUCCGUGGUGUGUCAUCGCAAACGCCUCACCUCCAUCCCCGAGGGGAUCCCCACCGAGACCAAGAUCCUGGAGCUCAGCAAGAACCGGAUCCGCUGCCUGAACCCAGGGGACCUGUCCCCUUACCCUUUGCUGGAGGAACUCGAUUUAAGCGAGAACAUCAUCGUCAGUGUGGAGCCUGGAGCCUUCAGCAACCUGUUUCACCUUCAGAUCUUGCGGCUCCGAGGCAACCAGCUCAAGCUGAUCCCUUCUGGAGUCUUCACCAAGCUGACCAAUCUCACCCUCCUGGACAUCAGCGAGAACAAAAUAGUCAUCCUGCUGGACUACAUGUUCCAGGACCUGAGGAACCUGAAGAACCUGGAGGUGGGAGACAACGACUUGGUGUACAUCUCCCAACGGGCUUUCUCUGGCCUCCUAGGCCUGGAGCAGCUGACCAUAGAGAAAUGCAACCUGACGGCCAUCUCGGCCGAAUCCCUUUCCUACCUCCAAAACCUGGAGGUCCUGCGGCUCCGACACCUCAGCAUCUCCGCGGUGGAAGAUGGGAACUUCAAGAAGCUCUACAAUCUCCUGCAGCUGGAGAUCGACAACUGGCCGCUGCUGGAGGACAUCUCGCCCACCAGCUUCCAGGGCCUGAACCUCACGUCGCUCUCCAUCACCUACACCAACAUCACGGCAGUGCCCACGGCUGCCUUGAGGAACUUGGUGUACCUCAUGUACCUGAACUUGUCCUAUAACCCUAUCAGCACUGUGCCCAAGGGCUCCUUCAAGGACCUCAUCAGGCUGCGAGAGCUCCACAUGGUGGGUGCCUUCUUGGUCUCCGUGGAGCCUCAAGCGUUCUCUGGCCUGAGGCAAAUCCGCCUCCUCAACCUCUCCAACAAUUUCCUCUCCACCCUGGAGGAGAGCACCUUCCAUUCAGUGAACACGCUGGAGACACUGCGUGUGGACAGGAACCCGCUGGCCUGCGACUGCCGCCUCCUCUGGAUCCUACAGCGCCGCAAGACGCUGAACUUCGACGGGCAGCAGCCCAUGUGCUCUUCACCCCCUGAGAUCCAGGGCAACGCCCUGCGUGACUUCCCAGACUCCAUACUCUUUGAGUACUUCACCUGCCAAAAGCCCAAAAUCAGGGACCGAAAGUUGCAGCACAUAACAGCCCGUGAAGGGCAGUCUGUCUCCUUCCUCUGCCGUGCAGACGGAGAGCCCGUUCCUGCCAUCAUUUGGGUCUCCCCUCAGCACAGGAUGAUCACCACCAAGAGCACUGGGAGAGCCACCGUCCUGCCCGGGGGCACGUUGGAAAUCCGCUUUGCCCAGGUCCAAGACAGUGGCACCUACAUUUGCAUCGCCAGCAAUGCCGGAGGCAAUGACACCUAUUUUGCCACCUUGACGGUCAAGGGGCAUCCCGUGGACGGCUCCCUUUAUGCAAACCGGACCUUGUACCUCAGCGAGUUCAACGACACCUUCCACAACAACACGCAAGUCUUCUUAAAGUUUACACUGGACCUCAAGACCAUCCUGGUCUCCACGGCCAUGGGCUGCAUCACCUUCCUUGGGGUCGUGCUCUUCUGCUUCCUGCUCCUCUUUGUGUGGAGCCGGGGGCGGGGACAGCACAAAAACAACUUCACCGUGGAAUACUCCUUCCGCAAAGUGGAUGGCCCCACCACCACCGCCGGGCAGGGCAGCGCCAGGAAAUUCAACAUGAAGAUGAUCUGAGCGGCUCCAGGAGGACGGUGGUUCCUCGUCCACUGCCUGCCGCCAAAUGGGGCCCUCCAAGGGCCCGGCAGGGGGUCGGAGCAUCCUUCCUUUGUUUUCCAAGUGAGCACUUCGUCUCGUCAGGUGGCUGCGCUCCCCUGAGGGUCGAGGCAGGAAAACUCACGGCGGAACCUGGCUGGGCCAUUGGCUCGAUUCGACCGCAAGGGCUUGGAAGCGACUGGGAGGAGCGAGCGGUUUUCCUCAUUGGUCUUGCCACACAACUGAACUGCGGAGAAGCAUCGCUGGAAACGGCCCCAGGUGCCUCCCGGCGGCUUAUUCUCGUUUCUGAGCACACCCCCCUUCUUUGAGCUGUGAGACCCCCCCCCCACGCCCAGGUCCCAGAGGGCAAGAGCGGGCCAAGGAGGCAUGCACAGCCCUUGUGGGUCAGGGCCUCACAGUGGAGCUAACAUUCUUUUGUAUCAACUAUGCAUUUUUUAGACCAUGAGCAAGCAGCGUCUGGGCCCGGAGAACCGGCUUCCUUUUUUAAGAGACGAUCUGGAACCCUUUCUCGGUUGUUGUUUAUGGUUCAUUUUUAAUUUGUUGGGUUUUUUUUUUUAAUGAAUUUCCAACAGAAGUCUUCCUGUGCGACAAAGGACUCCCGCAGAGCAGAGCAAGGGCAGCUCCCGGCUGCCCCGGCACACGCUCCAACCGGCCUGGGCGGCUCGAUCCAACACGGGGAGGUGCUGUGCCUUGGACGAGUUCCUCGCAGCAUUCGGAAGAAGGGGAAGCCUCUGAAGCUUGCAAACCCCGGCGCCCGGGGAGGGAUCCUCCUGCACAAGCAAUAAUAACCCAACCCGACAGUCCCUUCCGGGCGUACGGGUCUGUGCAGGCAUGAAUGCCACCGCAUUGGCGCUGAGCGGUAUUUCACCAAAGCACACGGGCGUUCAAAGCCAGAGAACAGGCUGCUGGUUGUGGCGGCAGGAGAAACGGGACGCGCAGCCCCUGUGAGUUACGGCCAGGCCUCCGAAGGCUCAGAGCCACUUGUAUGUGUCUGACUCGGCUGACGCUCUCCUGGGCUACAUCGGGCUCUCUUGUGCAUUCGCAGUGGCUACCUGCUUGUAGGCUGGGCCUGGCAGCAAAUUCUGCCAUGUUGGCAGGAGGCUGGGAGCUCUUACGGGGGGAGAGCCCGGCCCUGCGUCUCGAGAGGCGCGGAGGAAAUCUCCACGGGUGAAAAAUGACACCACAUCGACUGUGUCUCUGGCUGCUGCUGGCCUCUCCGGUCUGUUCCAUCCCUGCUCCUCCCGCAGGCCCCACCCCCACUCCACCUCUCCCCUCGAGGCCCCGCCCUUACCCCACCCCUGCUCCGCCCCCUUUCCUGAGGCCCCGCCCUCACUCCGCCUCUUCCAGGCCCCAACCAGCCUGCCGCUCUCCACCCACCCCCAAGCCCCUCCCCAAGCCACCAAACAGCUGUUUGGUGGCAGCCGCAUGGCAGAACAGCUGUUGGGCAGCGGCGCCCUCCAACAGCUGUGGCUGGUGGGUGCUGAGCACCCAUUAUUUUUUUCCAUAGGUGCACCCGUCCCAGAGCACCCACGGGGUCGGCGCCUGCAUGGGGAGAAGGAGGAGUCCCCCAUUCCUGUUCUCAGUGGAGCUGCUCCCAGAGGACAGUGCGGGGGAGCUGGGCACACAGUGGGAGGGAUGAUGAGGAGCUGCUCUGGCCUCCCUGUGGGAUGGAGGUCCCUGUCCCCUGAUCCUGUUGCGGAUAGAGGCCCUGUCACCCAUCCUGGAUGAAGGGGGGAAUGUUUUGUCUGGCCAUGCAUCUAACUGCCCAGCCGAUUGUGCAGUUACCCAGGUUGCAUCUAUUGCCAUGGCAACUGUGUGUGCAAAUUAGGUGUGCACUUGUGCUUGCCCUGAUGGGCAGGCACAAAGGCACAGGCAGUUGGGAGAGCCCUGACUCUCUGAGAGGGCACCCGCCCCAUAUCAAAAGAGGCUGCCCCCUAGUGGAAAAAGAGUCGUCCAGGCCUGUGUGGAGAGAGCGCGAAUGAGCCAGACGCACUGAAACAGAGCGUCCGACCCAGGCCGCGAGAGAGAGAGCGCCCGAGCUAUGCAAUCAGAGCCUGGGCCAUGGCAAGACAGGGUCACCCCAAAAACCAGCCUGUCUUUUAUCCCAGCGAGCGCCAUUUAACCCACCAGCCGUCUGGUCCUUUGGCUUGCAAGCGCUGCCGGGCCUUCAGAGACCAGCGAGGCAGUGGAAAAACAAUGCCAGAUGUUCACGCGCCUGUAGGGCUGUAACAAGGUUGGAAAAUAAACAGCUAUUUAAACAAUAGCAUAACAAAGACACGCUCCCUCCCCCUUCCCCCCCUCCCCACACACAAACUCUCAGAGAAACCCCGUUAAGCACAGCAAACUCCACUGCAGCGUUAGCCUCCUCAAUUAACACCGAAGGUCCUGGCCGUGUGUGCACGCCUGGCCCAGACGGGGCUAAUCAUUCUGGUUGAGGCUCCAUUUGUGCCACGCCGUUUUCUGUUCACAAUCUAAGCCGCGGCCGUUUGCGUUGAAGUGAAACCAUUGAACAUGUCGGACAAAGCGCAUCCAUAUGGCGGGAGAUUGUUUUUCUUUUAAAGGACCCCCCCCCCCGGGAGGGGGCGGGGAGGCGUGUGACUAGCCCAGGUGGGCGUGAACUGGAUUCGGGGUUUGCCCAGGAUCUGUGGGUGUUUAACAGCCCCACAGGGUGAUGCUAAGGGGUGCCGGGGCUGCACGGCUUCCCCGCUGAAGGCCGCUCUAAAGGGACGGCGGUUUCUUUACAAUGCAGCUGGCUCAGCAAGCCCGUUUCGUCGGGAAGGUGCCGCUUCUGGCUCGUGGCUUUUUAGUCCCCUAUCUGCCCCUGGCUGUUUAUUGUGACGCAGCGCUGCCUGGAUACCAGUCACUGGCCACAUUACUCAUCCCAUAAUGUACCCGGCAAAAUCAUUCUGCUGGCUGGCUCUAUUAGUCAUUUGGAAGGCGGCGGCGCCUAGUGGUUAGAACAGCGUGGGCGCACCAGCGCCGCUGUCUGACUCCAGGGCAAGCCAUGUCCCCGCUCUUGUGCUUCAUUUUAUUCGUAUGUAAUAAUCCCUGCUUAUUAAUGCUAAUGUGGCACCCUCGACGUGCCAGUCCCUUACAGAGCAGCGCGUAGGGUGCUGUGUGAACCUCAGUUAAUGAUUUAGGGUGUGCAAAGCUCUUUGAGCACCAUGGAGGAAAAGCCCAAAAUAAGGGCAUUAUAACUAACAUACUAGUUAGUAUGUGCAUGCACAGCACUGUCCUCUGCUGGAUGGAAUCAGAACUGUGCCACUGAGUGUCAUAGGCCCUAUACUGCUAAUGGAGAGUUGCAUUUAGCUUGAGUGGUAGGAGUCUGUGCUUCCGCAGCAGAAGCAGCUGGGGGUCUAUCGCCUCUGCGGCCUGAAGUCUUAAGUAGAGUUGU